ACUGAAGCUGGGCACAGAGACUUCAGACGAGAGUGCUACUACUGAAACCGAAUCGAACUGAUGGCAGACACAGCCGUUGCAAAGCCCGCUGAGAAGAGGGCGCCACCAAAGUUCAAGCAGAGGACGACUCGCACCUUCAAGAGCAAGGCCCCCAAACCGGGGCAGAAGGGAUUUGGAGACGACAUCCCUGGCAUGGAGGGUCUUGGUACUGACAUCACGGUGAUUUGCCCAUGGGAAGCUUUCGGAGACAUGGAGCUCAGCGAUUUGGCCAAAUACGGAAUCAUUUAGAGACAGACUCACCUCACCCAUCGCCUAAAAUUCUCCCGACUUUGUGUCUGUUGCACAAAAAAACUCCUCCUCUGAAGUGUCAAAGUAGCAACAGGAACUGUUGCUAUCAUUUAAAUAUGCUCCACUGAGCAUUUUAAUCCUUUACUGUCUGACUUUUUACUUUUAAUGCUUAA